AACCAGCACGACGAUGUCAAGAAGCAGCUGCUGGACCUGCAGCUGCAGCACAACAGCCUCAAGCUGGAGCACCGCAAGAGCCUGGAGAGCCACGGGCAGAGGUUGGCACAGCUGCAGCAGGAGAAGGACAGUGAGGUGGCCAACCUGCAGGACACGGUGUUUAAACUGAGAGAAGAGAGCAAGCUCCUGAGGAAAGCACACCAGGAGGUUCACUCACAGCUCCUCAAUGCCCAGGCCCAGAUGGAAGAGUUCAGGCAGCUCAAGGAAGCUCUGCAGAAGAUGCCAGGCUUGAGAGGAGGAGGAGGAGGAGGAGGAGGAGGAGGAGGAGCUGGGAAGGGGCAGCAGCCCCUGGCUCCAGCCAGCAGCCAGCUGCAGCCAGCCAGGCAGAAGAUUUUCCAGGAGAACCGCCCAGCCGGGAACACGCCGCCGUCCGUGCUGCCCAUGGCUCCGCAGCUGCAGGGACAGGGACCCUACGAUAGCCACGAUAGCCACGAUGACCCCAGGCUCCAGCCAGAGGUGCCCUUCACCCAGCCAGCCCCAGCCCAGGAUGCCAACUCUCUGCCAGAGGCCGUGCCAGCCUGGCCAGCGCGCCACGGUGACGGCCACGUGGUCAGGUUCACCCGCACCAUGAACAGCCUGCCCAACAGCAAUCCUGAUGUGAAGAUGGUGAUGCGCAUCCAGGUGCGGAGCCACGAGGAAAGCCAGGCCCCUGAUCCCAAAGAGCCCUCCCCAGCAGAAAAACCUCCCCUGCUGGACACCCAGCACCCAGCAGGGAUCAGACAGGGGCAGAUGCAAAGGUUGGUGGCACAAAAUUCCUUCUGCUCUCAGCAUUUGGGGUGGAAAGGCCAAAGUGGUGCUUCCCUGAUCUCUCUCUCAUUGUGUUUGUUGUGGGUUUGUUUGAAGGAUGGGUGGAGGAGCAGCUUUUUUUUUUGGUGUGUUCCCUGUCCCCUGUCCCUAUUCCUGUUCCCAUCCUCUAUCCCUGUUCCUGCCCUGUCCCUGUCCCAUCCCCUGUCCCUGAUCCCAUCCCCUGUCUCUAUCCCUGUUCCCAUCCCCAUCCCCUGUUCCUGUUCCUGUCCCCUGUCCCCCCAUUCUCCCCUGUCCCUUUCCCUGUCCCUUUCCUUUUCCCUGUCCCUGUCCCCAUCUUUCUCCCCUGUCCCUUUCCCUAUCCCCAUCUCUGUCCCUGUCCCCAUCCCUCUCCCCGAUCCCCUGUCCCCUUUCCCUGUCCCUAUCCCCUAUCCCCUGUCCCCAUCCCUUUCCCUGCUCCUGUCCCCAUCCCCUGUCCCUAUUCCUGUUCCCAUCCUCUAUCCCUAUCCCUGUCCCCAUCCCUGUCCCUGUCAUGUCCCUGCAGACGCUGGAGUGAUCGCGAGGGAGGAGAUCCCGCACUCUCACAAGGCAGCCGCUGUCCAGGAGCCCAUGAUGCCAGAUGAUGCUGCAGACCCCGCCCAGGACCCCAAUAACCAGGGGGAGGAUGAGUUUGAGGAGGCUGAGCUGGAAAGACCCGACUUUGAGGAGAAGGCAGCAGCCUCAGAGAAGCUCAAGGAGCCCAGAGUUAAAGAAGAGUCCAAGGAGAUGCCACCAAAGGAUGCUGGCAGAGUCGCCAAGCCCAGGGAAGACCCUCUGGAUGACUACCAGGACGAUCAGGAGCAAGAAAUUGAGGAUCACGGAGGUGAAGUGGAUGACACCGAUGACCUGGAGCUCGCGGGAGAGCGCAGGGAGCACGCGGGAAUGCGCGCAGGCAAGAAGGACGACUACUUCUGAGAACUGCUGAGAAGAAAAACAGGAUCCUCCAGGAACGAGGGGAUGGCAGCUCCUCCUGGCAACUGCCUCCUGCCUCCAACACUGCCCAGAACCAAGGCAGGAGCGGGGAAUUCUCCGCAGGCCCUUGCAGGAGGUUUGCGGAUGAGAAUUUUGUCUCCCGGGGCCGUUGGGAGCGCUCUCAGAGCAGGAAUGAUCUUAUCCUGCUUUUCUUAGAAGCACUUUUUGAUUUACYGUGUUCUCCACCCUCUUGGUUUUCACUUUUCGAAGCUGGAGAGGGGUUUUUGGUUGGUUUUGGGGGGUGUUUUUUACCUCCUGGGGCAGCCCAAGCCGGUGCCUGGACUCACUCGAGCGAUCACUAAUACAAAGGAAUCUUCCUUCAGAAAUCAUUUUGCUCCGUAGUGUUUCUUUAACACAUCAUUUUCUCCGCUCUGAGUGGGGUGGGGAGGGAAUCAGAGGAAAUUUCCUGUUCUUUGUCUGGAGCAGUGCAGGAGUCUCAACCAGCCUUGUGUGGGUGAGUGGAUGCGAAUUUCUGCACCCAUUUCAUGGCGCAGAGACCCUGUAGAGGCUCAGAGAAAUGCAAAGAAAAUGGAAAAUAAAUGGGAAAAAAUGGGGGAAAAAAGGGAAAGAAAUGGGAAAGGAAGAUUAUUUUCAACCCAACUGAUGCAAUUCCAACCUGAUCAGAUUAUUUCCAUGCCAACUUUUGACUAAGGUGAAUUUUGCUCCUUUUUUAAUGGGUGAGUUGGGUGUUUUUUUGCGUCAUGAAUUAGAUGGAAACACGUGGUGCUUCACUUGGCCUCUGAAAGACAUCUUAUCUGACCUCAGGGAGAAAGAAGGAACAGCCAGCAGGAAUUUAAAAGGGAAGAAUGGGCUUAAUCACGAUUCCUCAAAGCCCAGGACACGUUUUAAGUGGUAAGAACAGGGUAGACCCCUGUGCCUGAGCUGUCUCUGCAUCCUCAUCACCACAUUGGAAAUCCCAAAUUUUGGGACCUCACUCAUCACCCACAGCUUUGUGGCUGAGCAUCAUCACCUGUUAAAAAUCAGUUUUUUACAGAGGAUCUKUGUUCUCUAUUUGAAUCAGUUGAGCUCUUUUUAAUCCCUUGUUUGUGGCAUAUUUUGCAAGCACUUUUAGAUGCUGGGGAAAACAAUAUUUAUUUCCCGGCGAGCUCAGCCUUUUUCAUUCUGACAGCAUUCAUUAUUUUUCCUUCCGCUGGCUGUAAUGGAGCUUGAAAUUUACAUUUCAUAGGACUUUUUGGUUCUUUGUUUUCGUUCUGCCUGCGUUUCUCACCAGCACAAUCAGUCCAACUCCGGGGUGGAGCAGAGCAGAAUAAGCGAAGAUGCCAAAAUUUUGGAAAUUAUCUUCCAGCCAAACACCAGAGGUGCUCACCACAAAACUCCAGCAAAGUUUCAGAUGCACAAAAAGCCCUGAUAUGGUUCAGGCUGCUCCUGUAUUUAUAGCACAUUGACAGCAGAGCAGCUGUGCUUACGGGUUUGGAGCAUCCUGAGCAAAAUCCCGGUGAGACGCCGUCGUUUCCCAGGUCAGAGCAGGAUCCCAGGUCACACAGAGAAGGGAAAAGUUUCCAGCCCUUGCUCUUGGAUGUGAUUUUGACCUCGCUGGGAACUCGAUACAGCAGAGAAGAGGCAGCUCAGGAAAUUCUUGGAGUGUGCAGAGGACAAAUUUUUGUCGUCGCUCGCCACGUCGGAUCUGCUGUUUGUAAAUAGAGAUGGGCUGGUGGGAGAUGUGGUGGUAAUUGUAACUUGUAAUUUCCAAUCAUGAAAAUAUAGAGUUCUCAAUAUUCGGUGAAAUGAGGAGGAGCAUCAAUAAGACUCUUCCAGAGUGAAGAUUUUGGCUUAUUUAGGAGAAUUAUUCUGAUAGUUCCUUGGGAAGCAGCUCUUAAAAACAAAGGAGUCCUGAAGAGGUGGACGUGCUUUAAAAAAAUGGAGAUCUGGAGGACACAGCAGAUUGUCCCUGUGUGCCCAAAGAUGAGUCCAGCCUGGAUGGGCAAUGGGGUUUUGAAGAAAUUUAGGAAUAAGAGGAUGUAUCAUCUUUGGAAUGAGGGUCAGGUCUCUCAGGAAUUAUUUAAGGGGGUUGCUGGGGAAAUUUAUAGGAAUUUUUGUAGGAAAAGAAUUAGGGAAGGCAAAGCUCUGUGCCCAGCUUGCCCCGGAUGGGUUUGACACGACUCUYCCUUAACCUGGAAAUGUUGGAACAGUCAGAUCUCGCUGGAAGUGAAUCAAAAACUGGAAAAAAACACCCUGCUUCGGGCUGCAGGAUCAUCUAAAUGAGGAGGCAGAUUCUGUGCGUUUCACGUCUGCGAUGAGUAAUCCUCAAAGUUAUGACUCGGAGGGAACUGCAGCAACUGAGGCCUGAACGAAAGCUCUGCUCRGAGGAUUCUUUAGGAACCAUAUGUCGUGUGCUGCCCUUCACUGAGAGGAAACAUCMCUGCCCUGGGGAUCGUCUGCCCCGGCCGUAUCUGAGACUGAAAUUAGCAGAGCUUUGCGUAAAUCAGGAGCUGGAGGUUGGCAGAGCUUCGCUGCCUGGUCCAAAGUGAGCUGCUCUUGUUUGAGUACGAGUUCAGCGCCCGGGAGACAAGAAACCCAGGGGAGAGAGCCAGAAAAACUCAAACCCCAUGGAGCUGGGUCUGUGUGGAAGCCCAAAUCCUGUGGAGUUGCGUCAUUUUGGAAGCCCAAACCACAUGGAACUGGGUCUGUGUGGAGGUUCAAACCCCAUGGAGCUGGGUCUGUCUGGAGGCUCAAACCCCAUGGAGCUGGGUGUGUCUGGAAGCCCAAAUCUUGUGGAGCUGGGUCUAAGUGGAGACCCCAAACCUCAUGGAGCUGGGUCGGUGUGGAGGCUUAAAUCCCGUGGAGCUGGGUCUAAGUGGAGACCCCAAACCUCGUGGAGCUGGGUCUGUGUGGAGGCUCAAACUUCGUGGAGCUGGGUCUGUCUGGAGGCUCAAACCUUGUGGAGCUGGGUCUAAGUGGAGACCCCAAACCUCGUGGAGCUGGGUUUGUGUGGAGGCCCCCAGAGCGAUCUGGGUUUGAGAUGCUGCUGGGGGUUCACAACUCAAAGCAGAUCACAGGGUUUGGCAGAGUUUGGCCUGAACAGGAGGAGGUUGAAGUGAUGCCACGGACAGUCUGGGCUGAGCUUUAUCGCAGAUCAAGGUCUCAGGAAACAGAUGGGUUGCUGAGAGAGCAAACAAUGAGACAAAAGAUUCACACGGAGCCAGCACAGGCUGAGCCAAACUGUGUGGGCUUGGAUAAAAAAUCAGAUUUUUUGCUCAGGGACACAGUGCAAGGCCAAGGACACRGGACAGGAGAUGGUGUCAUUAACCUGGAGCGUUGUUAUAAAUUUUUUUGAUGGGUUCAGAGCCUUCACUGCUGCGCCAGCCAUUUUCCAGACCCCUGGAUCUCCCACCAGACUCAGAAUUAAUCAACCAGAGGCUGGUGCCAGAUCUCUCCCCUGGCCAURGGAACGAUGACAGCUCUGGAGUACAAACUGCUCUUCAUCACUGUUAGAACGACACAAAGUUUCAAGGAGGAAAAACUCACUUGGUUUGGCUCCAGCCAUUUCCUGAACAGGCUCACAUUUCUUGGGAAGGGCCCUCAGAUCUCCAGUUUUGCAUUCAGGCUGGAAUUCCACACGUGAAUUUGCCAAGAAGUGCCUUCAGCAGCACAGCACCUCUUCCUGCUCCUACAACCGAGUAUUUUCCAAGCCAUAAUGACAAUUUCAGCAUCCUUUUCUAUGCUGAUCCUAUUUUUUCAUCAAUUCCCAUUGACAGCUCUUGGUAUCAAAACAGAUUUUCUGGCAACUUUCCAUAGGCUUAGCAGACACCCCUAUUAAAUCUGGUUAAAAAUUAGGUGUGGAAAUGACUUAUAAUACUUGAUAUUGUUGAAUUCAAGAUUUCCUUAAGAACCACACACUUGAGAGAGGAUACAGGAAAGGGUGCCCUGAUAUCACAUCAUCCAUGUUCAAUGCAUCAGAAAACAAAAAACUGUUUCAACAAAUUCCACUUUGCUGCAAAUGACACUUUAUAAUUUGUGCAAGCAUCACCUUCCAGUUAUGAUUUGGGUUUGGGGUCUUAUUUUUGUUGUAUUUUCCACUUGCAUAAGACAAUUCCAAUUUUGAUUUUAAAGAAACCGUGCAAAGAAAUCUGCAAAGCUUGUGUUUCCAAACAGUGAAGAACUACAGCAAUCUGUUUAAACACAUUCCUGAGGGUUUUAAUGAAGUAAUUUGUUAAUUAUUCUAUUUUACGUGUUAAAUAUAGACAAAUACUUAUGUUUUGCUMUAAAAUCUGGAACACAACUCUAWG